AGGUUAGUUGAGCCAGGGCGGUACUACUUCGGCGUCUUUAACGAUGCAACACGGAGCUUCCUCCGGGGCGGGUGGACCUGAAUUGUGACGCGGAUUGAGUGUUGCAACGUUCUAGAAGUUGUCCCUAACGAGCAAGAAAGGAGGAGUUUUGGAUUCGUGGUGGCGGCUACGCUGGGGUUCUGGGAGCCCUGUCCCCUGCUUCCCCCGGCCCCUCUGCCAGCCCUACAAACUUUCAGCCAUGCCGUCCAAAGAAUGAAUUUGGGGGAUCACGACCUGCUGUCUGCGCGGGAGCAGUUAUUCCACGAGAGGGUCCGAGAGUGUAUUAUCUGCACCCUUCUUUUUGGCAGUCUCUACAUCCUGUGCUACUUCAUCUUAACCUACUUCAAAAGGCACACAGAUUUCACUACAGUUGAUGAAGAUGCUGCAGUCAAUCGGAUUGCGCUGUGGCUGUGCACCUUUACUCUGGCUGUGUCCCUGGGGGCAGUGCUCCUGCUGCCCUUCUCCAUCAUCGGCAAUGAAGUCUUGCUUUCCUUCCCUCAAAAUUACUACAUCCAGUGGUUGAACGGCUCCCUCAUCCACGGACUCUGGAAUCUUGUCUUCCUCUUUUCCAACCUCUCCCUCGUCUUCCUCAUGCCCUUUGCCUACUUCUUCACGGAAUCGGAAGGCUUUGCCGGAUCAAAGAAGGGGAUCAUGGCUCGGGUAUAUGAGACCUUUGUAGUCCUGCUGUUGCUAACCCUGUUGGUGCUGGGAAUGGUCUGGGUCGCCUCUGCCAUUUUGGACCAGGACGGGGCGAGCAGAGAAAGCCUCUACGAUCUCUGGGAGUAUUACCUUCCCUACCUCUACUCCUGCAUCUCCUUGUUCGGUGUCCUCCUGCUCCUGUUGUGUACACCCUUCGGUCUGUCGCGGAUGUUCACUGUCACAGGGACACUGCUGGUAAAGCCCAGGCUCCUGGAGGAUUUAGAUGAGCAACUGAGCUGCACGGGGUUUGAGGAAGCUGCCAUUUCUCGCAAGAUCAAUUCUGGGAAAACAUCCUGCUGGCUCAAUUUUGAUAUGGAAAUGUUGAGACAACAGUACCUAGCCAUUCAUGCACACAGGAUAACACUAGAAACGCGCCGCAAAGCUUCCGCUUGGCAAAGGAACCUGGGCUAUCCAUUGGCUAUGCUGUCUCUGCUGUCGUUGACGGGUAUCUCUGUCCUGGUUGUCUGCUUCCAUGUUCUGGAGCUGCUGUUGGAUGAUGCUGCAAUGCCUCGAGGAAUCCAGGAUGCACCACUUGGAAAAGUUUCUUUCUCUGUCUUUGGCUCUUUUGGGGCAGCCAUGCAGGUCAUUCUGAUAUUUUAUUUAAUGAUCUCCUCUGUUGUGGGAUUCUAUAGCUCCCCAUUUUUCAUUAAACUGCUGCCUGAGCAACACAACACAGCUAUGACUAAGAUCAUUGGGAACUGUGUCUCUCUUUUGGUGUUGAGUUCUGCACUUCCUGUGUUGUCUCGCACGCUGGGGAUUACAAGAUUUGACCUGCUGGGAGACUUUGGGAGGUUUAACUGGCUGGGAAACUUCUACAUUGUUUUCCUCUAUAACAUGCUCUUUGCCGGACUCACAACUCUCUGCUUGGUCAAGAAGUUCACCUGGGCUGUACAGGCAGAACUCAUCAGGGCAGUUGGCCUCCACAAGCUGCCUCUACCUGUGACCCGAUCUUACCAACCAAGCAAACUCAGCUAAAAUAAGGGUUGCGCCGGGAUUGAGCUUGGCAUUGACUAUGGAUAGACCUUUCUGACUUUGUGCUUGUGUUCUGAGCCAAUCAGUGAAGGGGGCGGAGGUCAGGAACUUCCUUGUUCUGAUCCUUGAUUUGACUGGCAUCCUGACAGGACCGUGAGAUGAUGAAGUCGCGUCCUUCAGUUGCAUGGCCCCUUGUUCCUGCCUCCCAGCAGCCUGAGGAACGACAGGCUUCAACACAAGAAAGCCCUUUGGGACUUCUAUUAAGGUGCUUGUUUGGCAAGAGAAAGAGA